AUGUCUCAAAGUCCCCUGCGACUCGCAUUCCGGGCUGCGCAGCCGUUCCGUCGACAGAGCGACCGUGACGCGCGAUCGUAUUUCCAAGCAUGUCGAACCCAAACCCGAACCAUUUGCCGCGGACCAGACCUGAUGCAACGGACAAAGAGACACGCAAAUGUCCCGCUGGCCCCGUACCCGUACCCGUACGUGACGAGGUCGAUGUCCAACACCAGGACCCUACAGGCGACUGUGGUUCUACGCAACCCCCGAGCCGACGACGACGGCAAAGAAAUGACCAUUGAGAUCUCCGACCGGGCAGCCAAACGCCUCAAACAAAUCACAACCGCCCCUCCUCAGAGGAAUACUCUGGCCUCGUCGCCAACUACUCCGCAAGAUUCGCAUCUCAGAGUGACCGUCACGUCGGGCGGCUGCCAUGGCUUCCAAUAUCUCAUGUCCCUGGAGGAUGCGUCCAAGAUCGAUCCGGAGGAAGAUACAGUGUUUGCUGCAAGUGAAGAGACAGAGGGCGGACAGGCCAAGGUGGUCAUGGAUCAACCGUCACUGGAAUUACUGCAGGGAAGCACCGUCGACUUCACCACCGAAUUGAUUGGUAGCCAAUUCAAGAUUGUCGGCAACCCCAGAGCAACGAGCAGUUGCGGGUGUGGGACAAGCUUUGAUAUUGAAUGA